ACAAAGCAUAGCUCCGAUCACUUCUAAUUAUAAGACACGCUUCCUUCCUCUCUGCUUCUUCUCGCGCUCCUCCCUCCCCUCACACGCUCUCUCCCUCCCUCUCUCCUCUCUUUUUUUAUUCCACCCUUCUCUCCUCUCUUUUCUACGCGUCUUAUCGUGUCCACAUCGCUCCCUUCCGCUUGUGAUUAUCUGUGUUUAUGUGUGGAAUCUUUGGCUACGUCAAUUACCUCGUCGAGCGGUCGCGGGAGGACAUCCUCAAUACCCUCCUCGCUGGUCUCUCCCGUCUCGAGUACCGCGGCUAUGACUCCGCUGGUCUAACUGUCGACGGUGACAAGACCAACGAGAGCUACGUUGUGCGCCAGGUCGGCAAGGUCGCCGAACUCCGCUCCCUCGUCAACGAGUCUGGCUUUGAUCUCAACCGUAAGUUCAUCUCUCACGUUGGUAUCGCGCACAAUCGAUGGGCAACCCACGGUCAGCCUGCCGCUCGCAACGCGCAUCCCCAGCGAUCGGAUCCGUCCUCGGAGUUCCUCGUCGUCCACAACGGUAUCAUCACCAACUACGCAGCUGUCAAGUCGAUCUUGGAGUCAAAGGGCUAUAUCUUUGAGAGUGAGACCGAUACCGAAUGUAUCGCUAAGCUUCUCAAGUACGUCUACGACUCAAACCGCAACUUGGAUUUCAAGAAGCUUAUCGAGCUCGUCCUUCGCGAGCUCGAGGGAGCUUACGCUGUGCUCGUCAAGUCCGUCCACUACCCCGGCGAGCUGAUCGCCGCUCGUAAGGGAUCUCCUCUUCUUAUCGGAAUCAAGUCUGAGCGCAAGCUCCGUGUUGAUUUCGUAGACGUCGAGUUCCCCGAAUUCUCGGUCACAACUGAGCCAUCCGCGUACUCUGGCCUCAGCGACGACGAAGAGGGAUCCGCCUCUGGCGUCCCUACCAUCAGCAUGUCCGAUAUGACUUUGGAGCCCCCCAAUCCGGCUGGCCUUCUACGUACUUCGACCGCAUUGCUUGGUGAUGGCGGACUAUUCGUCCCGUCUCCUGGCAUUUCUGACCUCCGACACUCGCAGUCGCGUGCCUUUAUCUCCGACGAUGGCGUCCCGAUCCCGACUGAGUUCUUCCUCGCGUCUGAUCUGCCUGCGAUUAUCGAAAAGACAAAGAAAGUCAUCUUCCUCGAGGAUGAUGAUAUCGCGCACAUCUACGACGGUGGCCUACAUAUCCAUCGUCUGCGUCAUGAGGAGGGUGUGUCCAACAUUCGCUCCAUCCAAAACAUCGAGAUGGAACUCGCUGAGUUCAAGCGCGGUGGAUAUGACCAUUUCAUGUUGAAGGAGAUCUACGAGCAGCCCGAGUCUAUCGUGAACACUAUGCGCGGUCGCGUCAACUUUGAGAACCAAUCAGUCAAACUAGGUGGACUCUCGAACUACCUCACAACUAUUCGCCGAUCUCGUCGAAUCGUCAUGAUAGCUUGUGGAACAUCAUAUCAUUCAUGUCUUGCUGCACGCGACUUAUUUGAAGAGCUGACAGAUAUCCCAAUCUCUGUGGAAGUUGCAUCCUACUUCAUCGAUCGCAAGCCGCCUUUGUUCCGUGAUGAUACUUGUAUUUUCGUGUCGCAGUCUGGUGAAACAGCGGAUACCCUUGUUGCUCUGAAAUACUGCCUUGAGCGUGGUGCUAUGUGUGUUGGUGUCGUCAACGUUGUCGGCUCGAGUCUUUCGCGACUGACAAUGUGCGGUGUCCAUAUCAACGCUGGCCCUGAGAUUGGCGUAGCCUCCACCAAGGCUUUCACUUCCCAAUACGUUGCUCUUGUUAUGAUGGCCCUUCUCUUCUCUGAGGAUAGAAUGUCGAAGCUUCAGCGCAGAAAGGAGAUCAUCGACGGUCUUGGAACUCUGUCAGAGAAGCUGUCCGAGGUUCUCGAGCUCAACGAUGUCAUUGAGGAGACGGCGGAGGCCAUGAAGGAUAAGACCAAGAUGCUGGUCCUCGGAUCUGGCUAUCAGUAUGCUACUGCUCUUGAGGGCGCCUUGAAGAUCAAGGAGAUUUCGUACAUUUUGGCGGAAGGUAUCCUCAUGGGUGAGCUGAAGCACGGUCCUCUGGCUCUCGUUGAGAAGGAUCUGCCUAUCGUCAUGAUUGCCACGAAGGACAAGCUCUACGACUUGGUCGCCAGUUCGGUCUCUCAGGUGACUUCUCGCCUCGGCGAGCCGGUGUUUAUAACGUCCAAGAACGGCCCGCGGUUGAUUGAGCCCACAAAGGCGAGCACCGACGGCAAGGUCGCUGCCAGAGCUGAGAGCGACUACGUCAAGUUUGAGGUUCCCGAGACGGUGGACUGCUUGCAGACCAUCCUCAACAUUCUGGUGCUGCAGAUGCUUGGAUAUUGGUUAGCUGUCAAGAAGGGCUACGACCCCGAUUUCCCCAGAAACCUGGCCAAGGCUGUUACUACUCGAUAAACUGAGGUUGUCUCCGAAACGACAAUUUUGGGAGUGCUAAUCAAAACAACGCCUCUUUUCUCUCUUUUUCCCUUUUUCCUUCUUAAUAUUACAAUCUAGCCGUUUAUCGGCUAUCAUGGAGGGUGAUACAUUCCCUUCAGGUUUUUUCGACAGUGCUUUGGUACUCCUUUGUACGCUAUAUAGAUUUGUGCGGGGAGAGGAACACCGAUUUUCUCUUCAUUUACCGUUUUAUGUCAACAGAAAGGCGAGUUAGGUGUGAAGAUCGCUCUUUUUUUGGUUUUUGGCUGGUCUCCAGGUUUGGAGAAUUAAGUAGUAUUGAUACAGGCUGAUUGUCGACUCACGAUAAUGGCAAGGGAUCAAGGCCAGAGAUAGCUCUACUAUAUAAAUAAAUUAUCAAUGUAUAAAUU